UUCACUAUUGUUACAGUCAAAUGUGUAUAUAUGUAUGAUAAACAUUAUUUUCGUUUGAUUAUAAAAAACGGUAUUAAUUUUUUAUAAUUUAAUGUCAACAAAGAUCCUGCUACACGUUGUGUUUAUUUCGUGUCGUCGUAAAUACACGUUUGAUUCAUAAGAACGCAGAACAUGCCAUUAUUACGCGGUGAAUAUUUACUAGGUGCGUGCGUGAAAAAUUUGAAAUAAUUCUAUAAAGCUUUAAUGACAGUUUAUAAAAUUACCACGAUGGAGCAAAUGGAGAUACCUUUGCUGUUGAAAAAAGAACGAGACGAAUUCGACGUCGAAGACACCGACGAUGACACUAGUCUCGAAGAUAUUAAUAAUCUUUUGUCAAUAUCGUUACCUUCCCUUUCAGCGAACAAAUUACAUUUACCCACCGAUCCGAACGAUGAAUUUCUUCGACUGACUACCACGGUUCGUGCAGUGUAUUUUUCAUAUCUUCACAAAUGUUUGCUCACCAAUUACAUUCUUUGCUACAAAGAGAAGAAUAAAGAUAUACCAUGCGAUCAUUUAAAGAAAUGCGCGGAUCAAAUGGAAUUGUAUGCAGUUCGAUCGUCUUUGGAAGCCACUUUGUAUAGACAGAAUAUGUUAAAAUUGAUUUCAGAUGUAAAGUCUCAUACCAUAGAGAAGAAAGCCUUUAAGAAAUUAGUAAUAUUUUUAGAAGCCCCGCCGACUAAAGUAGAUGUUGGUGUUCAGACAAUUAAUUCGUGGGCGGAAUUAGAGAGAGCUGAUAAUAUUCAAAGUAUUUGUAUUACAUCUAAUUGCGAGGAAUUGUCUUCGGAGAUACAGGCAUCUCCUAUAAAAAAAGAAGAGGAUGCAACAGAUAUCACUCAAACACAAAAUGCGACUCCUGAAAUUUCUGGUUACAGCGAUACAGCUUCGCCAACUGUGAAUUCCACAUGCUUUGAAGACAUAGAGCACAGUAAAUUAAAGAAUGAAUCGGAAGAGGUCACUAAUAAAAUGGAAAUCGACGAAGAAAUGACAAACGAAGAUUGCAAUAUUUUCAGUUGUUCGCAGAACGAUUCUGAUACUCAGAUUGUACAGAACCAAUCAAAUAUUCAAAACGACGAUGAAAAUUCUCAAGACUCGCUUUUACAACACAUGGAAGAUAUGUUUUGCGAUAGCGACGACAGUAGCGAUCUCAUGACGUUAAUAGAAAAACAUUCGGGCGUUAGUAAAGCUAAUGUGGAUAAAGAGAUUAAUAAAAUAUGUUUAGAAUCAGAUUCUCUUCUUCCACAUAAUUCCAAUGGCAGUAUUAACAUAUCUGAAAGCAAUAACAGUACAAAGCUCAAUCCUGUUAAAAACAAUACUGUGAAACCGUCGCUGAACAUUAGUACAGGGAAGUAUAGUUUUAGUUACUAUAAAGAGAUGAAAAACAGAGAAGCUAAUAAAUUGGUGGCAGAAGUCGAAACGCCCGAGACUAAACAGAAACGCAGAGCAAAUAGUAUUUGGUUCGUUGAACGCGUAUAUCAGGUAUCGAAAUUGAAGGCAAAGAUGACAGAAUUAUCUUUGAACAAUUAUAGAAGACACGGGCGAAUAAAAAAAAGAUUUAUCGAAUUAUUCGGGGAAUCUGACGACGAGGAAAUGAUGCCAGAUUCACCGAUUUGUAUCGAAGAACACUUAACCGCAUGCAAGGAGAGGAUAGCACCAUGGAUCGUAAAACAUCUGAUGCCAUUCUAUAAGAAGCGUAGAAUCAAAGACAGGCAACUGUUUAAAGUAGUUGCAAAACACAUAGCCGAUAUGCUCAUUAUCGAGAACACAUUUCCCGAGCAAGACUGCGUGAGUAAAUAUAUAGAAACAUACUUUAAAAAUAAAAAAUUCAUUAGAACUAAACAGGACGUAUACUUAUAAAUUACAUAGUUAUUUUGAUCGAUCAAAGAGCGAUAAGUAUUUCUAUCGCCGUACUUAUUUAGACUUUUAAAAAUUUCGAAUACUGAAUUACACGAAGAGCGAAACUGUACAUAUUAUUUUAAAGAGAGGAGAACGCAAUAAAGAAGUACGUUAAAUGUUGAUUAUCCAAAGUAUGUAUACAAAAGGAAUGCAGUAUGAAUGGGAAAGCACGGUGAAGUAUCUUCCAUUAUAGCAAUUUUUUUCCGAAGAACGAUAUAAAAUUUGUUUGCAUAAAAAUCACAUAAAAACAAUAUAUUCUGAACGGUCGGUGCUGCUUCUUCGUUCAAUAAGUUCCUUAUAUAUUCCUUUUAAACGAAGUAGAAAUUCUUAUUAUGAUUUUUCUAUCAAACAUCGAA